AGGGGACGACAUGGAUUAGGCGGAUCAAGGCUCCAUUUUCCCAUGGCACUGCCGCCAUUUAAAGAUAGUACUAAAGGUGCCCGCCCCUUCCUUGCCUGGAUCGCGCGAGGUCUUUCAUGAUGGCCAUCGGUUCAUCCGUUUUUUCUUAUUGUCACUUACACUCUCUUCAAGUCCACACCAAGGUACACAGCUCGCUCGUUGUUACGUUGUACUUUGUCUUCUCUUCACAGUGUCCCUCUUUUGACCGGCAAUCACUUUCCAUUCGUUUGUCAUUCGACUAUACUUGCGCACCCGCAAGCGGAGCAGAGCUCAUUUGUCCCUGGUUUACCCCCGGUCUGAUCUCCUAUUUUUAUUCAUUUUCGUGACAUUCGUCUUCGAAACGUCUGCAAGCAUCAUCAGCCUACGUAUUCAAUACCAAAAAAAAAACGACAGCCAUCGAAGGAUCAGCAAACAGACAUCCCAAAACUUUCUAUACUCACAAGGUCCAGGUUGAGGCUAUUCCUUGCCUCCCGUUGUCAUCUGAUUUAUUUUGAUCGUCUGGACGACCUUUUCAUCUUUUCUUUAAAUACUUGCUUUGCCAAGCUUGGAGCGAGCCAGUCGCUUCUCUUUUUUUUUCUGUCGAGAUGGUUCAAUUCAUGAAGUCGGUUCGUGUAGCAGCCAUGGCAAUCAGCGCGGUGCCAAAGGAUAUGAAAAUCUCGGAGUCUGCUUCGGUUCAGGCUGUUGUCAAGACCAUCGCGGCGGACACCAUGUCAUAUUAUAAGGGCUCAGCAACGAAUUAUGUUGAUCUUGAAGCUCCUUAUUGGUGGUGGCAGUCCGGUGCCUUGUUUGGUGCCAUGAGCGAUUAUAGUCACUACACAGGGGACAAGAGCUAUGACCAAACCAUCGCAACAGCCCUUCUUGCGCAAACCGGAUCCAAAUAUGACUUCAUGAGCCCAGCGCAUGAGGGACAGAUGGGCAAUGAUGAUCUCGGAUUCUGGGGCUUUGCAGUCAUGUCUGCAGCUGAGCGUAACCUCCCGCAACCAGAAUCAAGCGUUCCCUCAUGGCUGAAGAUGAGUGAAAACAUCCAUGCGUCACUGGCAAGCAGGUGGGAUACCACGACUUGUGGAGGUGGUCUUCUCUGGCAGAUAUUUGCCAGCAACCCGAACGGCCUCAAUUACAAGAACAGCGUCAGCAACGGAGCUUUCUUCCAACUGUCUGCUCGCCUGGCCCGCGCCACCGGCAACCAGACUUACAUGGACUGGGCCAACAAGAUCUUUGACUGGUCGACGGGCGUCGGCUUCGUAGACCAGAACUUCCACGUGGUCGACGGCGCCGACAAGCGGGAUGACUGUAAGAAGGUCAACCCGGUUUCCUUCACCUACACCAACGGCAUCUAUAUGUACGGCGCCGCCCUCCUGGCCAACAUGACGAGCGACCGCAAGUGGAUUGACCGCACCCAGAAGUUUGUCGAAGCCAGCAAGGCCUACUUUGGCCCCACUGCGACGACCCCCGACAUACUGUACGAGCCGGCCUGCGAGAGCGGCGGCACCUGCAACGUUGACAUGAAGUCGCACAAGGGCCAGCUGGCGCGCUUCAUGUGGGCCUCGACUCUGAUGCAGCCCGCCAUCCGCCCCGUCGUCGAGACGCUCCUGCUCCCGUCCGCCCAGGCCGCCGCCUCGACGUGCACAGGCGGCGCCAACGGCUCCCAGUGCAGCCACAGGUGGUGGACCGGCGCCUUUGACAACGACACGGGCCUGGGCCAGGAGAUGUGUGCCCUCGAGACCAUCCAAGGCAUCCUGGCCGGAUCGGCCGCUCCGCCCCUGCGCGGCAACGAUAUCAAGGACGUCCGAGUCCCCAAGCAAGGGGCCUCGGCUCCCGCUCCCAAGAGGCUUGUGAGAGAGGAACGCCGCCUGGCGGCUCGCCGUGCUUAAACGCAUGAGCUGGAGUCCAUUAGCGGAUAUUUCUGGUGAUACAUUCGGGGCGUUUUAGACAGUGUGGGAUCGACUGCCAUAACCACUUUCAUGUUCAUCAUACAUUACAUUCUUAAUAUCCCACAGCUAGAUCUGCCGUGGGUUAUCUUUAGGGUACUGGGCUAUUCUUUUUUUGGAUACACAAUACUGGAUAUUCAUUGCUGGCGUCGCUUUGCUGUCGAAGAAACAACCAAAUAAACCAAAAUAAAACGGCACAACGCCCAUUAUAGAUAUAUGAUAUUCCAUCAAUCGGACAGCUUAGAACCUGGCCGUAAUUCACAGUUGCUACCCUCAAUCAUUUGCGGUCUCAUGUGGGAACAUGCAGGUUCGAUGGCGAUGCCUCAUCGUUCGAGAAAUACACAUGCACACACUUCGAUGCAAAUAGUUAUACAUGAACCUUAAUGCAAAAUCUAUUCCAGCCUCAACACCUGAGCCAUGCUACCAUCAAUUCCGAAAG